AUGACGCAGGAGCUGCUGGGGGACUUGCUGCUGUUCACGAAGCACAAGAGCAGCAAAAGUGUCUCUGCUGCAGCAAGGGGACUUUUGAAUCUCUUUAGGGAGACAGCCCCGCAGCUGCUGCCGCGGGCCUUUCUGGGCAAAGAGGCAGCGCUGCAGCUGCAGCGCGGCCACGUGUCUCUUCCUGUCUUUGGGGCUUUGAGUCAUUCCACAACUUUGGAUUUGCUGCCGCAGUUGGAGGCCCUGAAGAAGCAGUCGAAGCAGCAGCUGCAGCAGCUGCUGCUGCAGCAGCAGCAGCAGCAGCAGGGCGAGGAGACAGACGGGGGAGACAGCGACACGGAGGAGACAGACGGAGACAGCGAAGCAGAUUCCGACUCGGAAGCAGCAGCAGACUCCGAGACAGAAGCAGCAACAGACACGGAGGCAGACGCAGCAGCAGCAGCAGACGCAGAAGCAGCAGCAGCAGCAGCAGACACAGAAGCAGAGACAGACUCUGAAAAAGGAGACACGGAGGACGGAGGCACUUCGACAGACGAGGAGACAGAACACGAGCCCGACCCACAGCAGCAACAGCAGCAGCAGCAGCAGCAGGAAGACCCAGCAGAGGCCUUAGACACAGCAGCAGCAGCAGCAGCAGCAGCAGCAGCGCCGAUGGGGGGAGAAAGGCUGCUGUCUGAUGCCGAUUUUGCUGCUCUCAAGCUGCUGCGGGCGAAGCAACUUGCGCAGCAAAUAAGGGGGGGCCCCCGGAGGGGUGGGGGCCCCCAGGUGGACUUGGAAAGAGACCAGAAGCUGCUGAAGCUGCUGGGGGCAGGCAGCAGCAGCAGCAGCAGCAGCAGCAGCAGCGAGGACGGAGACAGCGAGGAGGAGACAGAAGGGACGGGGGAGGGCUUCGUGUCGGAGAGGGACUUGGAGGGCCUGGCGGGGCGGAAGCGGCGGCGGGCGCGGGAAAGGGAAAGAGACAGAGAAGAAAAACUUUUAAAAAAGAGACACUUGGGAAAUAAAAAAGUGUCUCCAAAAGAGACAGACACCUCGCGGGCCUCCAAGCCCCAGCGCGUGAAAAACAGAAGCAAACCCCUCCUCAUGGUUCAGCAGAGUCGGCGUUUGCGGGAAAAGAAACAGUUGAGUGUACAGGAGAAAGCAGCAAAUUUGAAACGCAAAAUCAAAAACCUAAAAAAGAGCCAAGUCGGAAAACCCAGGAGACGCAAGAGGUAA